UUAGCGACUGUCAUUAUCGACAAGCUGUCUGGCAGAAGAAAAAGAGAAGAUUGCAGCAGAAGCGGAAUAGAUUUAUUGAUUUUAAUAUUCAAGUUAAUAAAACUAACCAAGUGCUGAAAUUAAUUGCGAGAAAUCUGCAAAAUGGAGGCGCUGGUGAAUUACAGCAGCGAAGAUGAGCACGAGGAGGAUUCCGGAUACGAGAUACGGGCACCACCACAAACAUCAACACCACCGCCAUCAGCCGCUGCUAACCGAAAGCGCAGCUCGCCGCCCGCACAUGCACCAACUGCGGCUGCAACUCCAACCAUGGAAGCUGAGGCAUCAAAAACAGCAGCAGCAGUUACAGCAUCUGCAUUGAGUGCUGUAAAGCAGCACAAGUCGAAAAACAAAAGCAGCGAGCGCCAGUUGCGACGCCAGCGUCAACGUUCGAGCAGUCAGAGCGCAAGCAGCGACAGCGACAAUAGCGUCGACAACGCCGACGACAGCAAAGACAAAUCGAAGAAACAUCUGGCAACGCUGUCGCCUACAACAGCAAUGUCCACAACAACCGCAGCCAGCUCAAAGACGGCUAAAGAUCAUCAAGUGGCUGCGAGCGGACGACACAGCCAUCAUCAUCAUCGUCAUCAUCAUCACAGAAGUCGCAGCAGUCGCCACAACAACAACAACAAUGACGAGGAUGGACGCGGCAGACACCGCGACUCGGAGCGCAACAGGGAUAAGGAGCGUGACAAGGAGCGCGACAAGGAAUACAGCAAGAGCGAGCGCCACCAUCGCACCAAAGAGAGCAACAAGGAGAGCGACUAUAAGCGCGAACGUGAACGUGAGCGUGAGGAGCGUCGCCAUGGCAGUGGCAGCGGUCGGGACAGAGACAGAGACAGGACUGGCUCCAGGCAUCAGCAGGGUAAAGAGGCGCGCUAUAGCGACAACCCGCGCAACUAUACCUCCUCCUCCUCCACAUCUUUGACGUACAAAUCUCAGUCACAGUCACAGCAGCUGCAGCAACCGCAGUCGCGUCGCUCCUAUGACGAUCGUAGCAGACGUCGCUCUCGUUCCCGCUCGAGAUCUGGAUCCCGCACACGCACGCAUAUCGAGGCGCCCGGCAGCCGCCGGCGUCAUGCGACGUCUCAGUCAACACGCAAAUACCGCAGACGUGGCUCGCACGAUUCCAGCAGCCGUUCCAGAUCGCCGCCCGCUCCAAAGUCCAGCGAGCCGCUGUCAAAGGCCGCCUAUCCCUCGUCUGGGCUGCUUGGCAAGCCGCCGGGUCAUGGCAUGCCAUACAACCCACCUGGUGGUGGUGGUGGGUGUGGGUCGGCAGCCUCGAUAGCAGCUGCAACAGCAGCCGCUGUGACAGCCAACAUGUCGUCGGGAGGCGGUGUUCCCGGAGGUGGGCUACUGCCCACGCCGAAUUAUGCGCCCAAAAUACCAUCGUUAAUGUCGCUCGAGCUGAAUACACCGCCCAGCGCCCUAGUUGAAUCGCAGUCGUCGGCUGUGCAACUGCCCAAGUACUAUAAUCCGGGCAUCAUCAAUGCCAACCGCUAUGCCGAGCAACAGCAGAAGCGGAAGCUGCUGUGGGGGUCCAAGAAGAGCGAGGAUUCGGCCAACAAGUGGGGCAAUGCGCAUUUCUCUCAGGACUCCGAUGGCAAGGUGGCAUCCAAGUUUAUGCGGCUCAUGGGCAUCAAGAAUGCCACCAACAACAAUUCAAAUCCCAGCAACAACAACAACAGCCAAAAUAAUGGCGGACCCAAUGCGGAUGCAACGACUGACCCAACCUGCAGCAGCAGCAGUAAUGGCAAUGGCAAUGGCGGUGGGGGAUCUGUGCCCACCGACGUCCAGCUACGCCAGCGCAUGUUCUCCAACAUGGAGCAGCAGUACGAGGUGGCACGCGCCGCCACCCAUACGAUGCGGGGCGUCGGCCUUGGCUUUGGCUCGCAGCCGCGCAGCUUUUGAGGCGUUCGAGUGGAUGCUGUAAAUAGAACGUUAAGAAACUCGUUAAGUCACCCGCAAGAACUAUUCUAAAUAUCUGUUCGCAAUAUUUAUUUGUGUUAACUACAUAUAUCUUCAACCAUAUAGUUCUUCAUUAUA